AUGGAGGUCUACAGUCUACUUAUUCUCAACAAGGCAGGUGGCCUUAUCUACCAGAAAGACCUUAACCCUAAGCUUUCCAAGCUCUCUGCUAAUGAUUACUUGGUGCUAGCUGGUACGCUCCAUGGAGCCCAUGCUAUUGCUACAAGACUUAAACCAGAUGGGUCUAAGUCUUCUCAUGAUGAUCCUCAUACGGUUAACAGCAACAUUUUGGUUUCUGGGAAAGCUCACACGCCGAAUGUGAAUAAGCUGGGGCUUGCCAAUAUCGAUACUGAUCUAUUCAGCUUAUAUGUGUUUCAGACAUUGACGGGAGUGAAAUUUAUUAUUAUAACGUCGCCUGUGGGCGCUGUGACGGUUACUCAGGCUGGGUCGCCUUCGGCGCUGCAGAAACAGCUUGAGGUGGCCAGCAAUAUCUAUAAACAGUGUUACAUGUACUAUUGCGAUUACGUGAUGAAGGAUCCGUUUUAUUCUUUGGAUAUGCCUAUUAAGAGCUCGAUGUUUGAAUCGAAGGUUGUCAGUCUCGCCGGUGCCAGGUAA